GCCGUCGUCUGUCCGCCGCCAGGGAGGUGCGCGCGCCGCAGCAGCGGCGCCGCGGCGGACGAGCCGGAAGCGAAAGCGGGUGAAGGACUGAGGAAGCCAUCACGCUGCGUGCGGGAAUUUUGACAACGGAGCUGCCGAAAGCAAACCAGGCAUGGAUCGUUGCCGCCCCCGUAUCCGCUGACGUCACGCCUAGGCUAGUGCACGCGUCACGCCGGGGAUACCGUGGACGCAGUGCAGCCCGGCUUGGCGCGGUCGCACACGCAGCAUGCGCGCCGCGCCGCACGCCUGGUCUCCGAGUGGCCGCCCCGGCGCAGGACUCAGCCACCACCAUGCACCCAGGUCGAAAAGGUGUCGACAGCGAGACAGCCUUUGUCAUCGCCAUUAUUGUUGUCUUUAUUGUUAUCGGUGUCUUCGUGUUCAUCUACGCGUGUUGCGUUACCGAAGAAAAGCUGAAGGCCGCAACGAAAAAGAAGGCAUCGCAAAAGAAGAAAGACGGCGGCGCAGCCGCCACGCCUGCAGCGCCAGCAGCGCCAGCAGCAGCCUCGACCGCUCCAGCAGCACCAGUGGCGACAGCUACCGACACCAAGGCGAAGCCAUGUGCACCUGCUGCACCGGCGCCGGCCAGAAACGGCGGCGGUGACACGCGAAGCGCCGAGAUCGUGCUCACAGUGCAAGAGGCAGCUACCCAGCCGCCGUCGCCGUUAGCGUCACGCCAUCCGCCCGCACAGGCGGUUCCUGGCAUGUCGGAACUAACGCCGACGUGGAAGCCACUCAACACGGAUCCACGGCGAAACGGAAUAAAGAGCGUGGUCUCUGAGGCCGCGCCGCUCUCGCAAAGCACUCCUACCGUGUGUGACCGCGCGUACUCUGUGCACCUCUAGCGGGCGCCGAUAUGCCCACGCUCCCCAAGGGCGGCACGGCGCAAAUCUUCUACUAGACGAGUCAUUUUUGGUGUGUUCCCGCGUGAGUCAAGUCCACUGGCAGUCAAGUGCCCGCUCGCUGCGCGAAACAGGGUUUGAGCAGUCGCAGGAACGAUUUCUCAAGGAGCAGAAGCGGGGCAUUCAGUGGUGGCGCGUACCUCGUGUUUGUCUUACGUGUGCUGUUUUCCUACUUGUUGUGCGUUCUUCAAGAACUAUGUAAAUACUACGGACUCUGAUGGCCUUUCGGACGAACCAGUGCAGGGUGCGGAACUGCGCUUUACACCAGAAAGUGUUUGUACAUGUCUCCGUAUACUCGCUACAUGUUCUCUCUACCAGAAAAAAACGAUAUACAAAGGAAUGGUACAAAGAAAGAAUAUAUUAAAAGGCGCUUUGCCAUUUGGUUGCGAGU